CUCUACGAUAAAUACUGUAGCGUACAAUUAAUAGUGCUAAUACAAUGUUUGCUCCACGUCUAGGUCAGACAGGUUGUGGAUUCACACUGGAGAAUUCACAUCAAGAUGUCUUCGGAUGCUGGCCCAACCACGCAGACGCUUUCGGACAAAACACUCGCUCGGCGUCGAUACUUUCGAGAGAAACAGCGCGAGUAUCGCCGCAAGUUGAAUGCUGAAGGGGCAGCAAUGGAAGCGGAGGUCAUCCACCUUCAGUCGAUCCUUGAUGGUCUUCAAGCCAAGAGUCUGCCAUCCGUGCGUGAAGCUAGAGAUAGUAUAUUGUCGUGGCAUUCUAUUGCCAUGGUGUUCAAAAGUGAAGCCCAUCGGGUCUUGACAGACCGCGAGUCACUGGGCACUCAAGCGCAAGAGUACCGAACCCUCAUUGCGUCUAUGCAGCGCUUUGUCAUGAUGAACAUUCCACUGCCCAUGUCCCGUAGCAAUACGUGGCACAAUGCGACGUUGGUGGCCGACCCGAGGGCUCGAAACCUGGGCAAGGAGUGGCUCACGCAGCAAAUGUACCACACCAUGCAUGAGGCAUUCGCGUUGCUUCCGGCCUUGCGGUCGGACGAGGAGUAUUACGUAUUUGACGUUGAAGCGUCGGAUAAACACGACGAUUCGUUUACGUUCGUGGAGCAGAUUCAGUGCACGUGGCCAGGAACGUUAGCGUCGUUUCGACGAUUCGUCGAGUCCAAUCGUAUGCGCGACGUGCUUUUGGACGACCUCCACGAGGUGGCGGACGAGGUGGUGGCCAACACGCGACUGUUAUGCACCACGACGGUCGAUGGCGCGUUCAGAAAUACUCUCGAAGGAAACUUUGUGGAAGCCGACCGGAUCAUCAUAGUCUUGCGACAUGUCGACGACGACGAAGCCCAUUCAUGUUACCCCAUGCUGAGGCAGCGGCACUACAGGUCGUGGACGGAGGUGCGACAGGUUUCGCCCACGCAUAUCGUAAUGCGGACAGUCAGCCAAUUGACACGCCCGUUUCGAGCCUACGACGGGUUUGUCAGCUCUGACGAGCUCGCAGUGUUGAGGGACAUCGAUGUGACGGGCAUCGAAGACAACGACCAGAAGGAAGCGUUCAUGUGGCGCGAACUGAUCCGACAGGAGAAUGCGCAAUUCUUGCUUUGGCGACGACGAUUCGCGGCCUUGAUGCAGGUGUCGUCGUAACAGUAGCAGGACACCACACUAAUAAGGCCAGGGGUUCUCUAAACCAAUUACUACGUAGUAUGUACUACUCUGUC